AUACUAAUGAGGUUGCCAAGCCGUCCGUGUAUUCUGAAAUCGGAGGACAUCAUCAUGUUAACCCAAUUGGUCCUGACAAUGAAGGAGAUGCUGGAAAGUACGAGUCGUUGGAGGGACGUUCGAAUCCAAACGUUUAUGAAGAACUUCAUACUACAACGUCUGGUAACAGAGGGACAUACAUCAAUACUACCAUCGCUGGUAGAGAUUAGUGUUUAUACAACAUUAUGGAACUCAGUGAGACGAUGUUUCAUCAAAGUCUGGUUGGAAACAGGAGAUCAAGGGAGACAUCGUCCAGUUGUUAUAUUUGUGAAAUGAAACCUUGACUGUUUUACUUUCAUUGUCGUUUUCAAAUGCAUAAACACAUACAUAUAAAUAUAUGUACCUAGCAUCAAGUCAUAUAGAGCAAAUAUAUAAAUCACCAAUCAGUAUCAUAAACGUGACACGAGAUACCCUAUCACGUUCUCCUCGCACAAUGAAAUGUUAACACAUAACUCAUCAACUAAAUUGAUUAUAAAUUCAUCGUUCAUCUCUCUUAAUGAUUAAAGCACCAUCGGUAUAUGAUCGAUUUUAUUAAUAUAUUCGGCAAUUUCCCUUAUAAAAAGCUAGCUAGUUAACCACUGUCAGCUCUAUUUUAGCAUGUUUUUUUUUUUUUAAAUAUCUAGUUGAUUUAGAAUGUAUUUUUCUGCAUAGUAGAAAUUCAGCUAAAGUGUUUGAGCCGAUCUGAAAGCAAAAUAAUGCCAUUGCUGUUUCGAACAUUUGUGUGCAAGUGAAUUGAUGUUUCCUGUUAGCAUUCUUCACAUACUUAUUGGCCUUCUUAAUUGUUUUGUGUGAUACAAAAUGAAAUUAGUUAGCGAUGCCUGAGUUAUGUAUCUCGGGUAAAAAUACAACCGACGCAGCAUUCAUUAAACUACAUGGACAUAUUAUAAACCCGUACCCUUUUGUGUAAUGAAGCCUUUUGUGUAAUGAAGCGUUUUGUGUGACGAAGCCUUUUGUGUGACGAAGCCUUGUGUUUGAUACUGGG